GGGGACAGCUCAGUGCGAGCCGGGGAGGGUCCGAACCCGGAGCAGGAUCCGAGCGCGGGGCGGCAGUGAGAGGGCGGGCGCGGAGCAGCGCACCGGCGGACCGGCGGCGAGAUGUUCAGCUGGAUGGGGCGGCAGGCGGGCGGGCGCGAGCGCGCAGGCGGCAUGGACGCCGUGCAGACGGUGACGGGCGGCCUGCGCUCGCUCUACCUGCGCAAGGUGCUGCCGCUGGAGGAGGCGUACCGCUUCCACGAGUUCCACUCGCCUGCGCUGGAGGACGCCGACUUCGAAAACAAGCCCAUGAUCCUCCUGGUGGGCCAGUACAGCACAGGCAAGACCACCUUCAUCAGAUACUUACUGGAGCAAGAUUUCCCCGGCAUGAGGAUUGGUCCAGAGCCCACCACCGAUUCCUUCAUCGCCGUGAUGUACGGGGAGACGGAGGGCAGCACCCCAGGGAAUGCUCUAGUCGUGGACCCCAAAAAGCCGUUUCGAAAGCUUAGUCGCUUUGGAAAUGCUUUCCUGAAUCGAUUCAUGUGCUCCCAGCUGCCCAAUCAGGUCUUGAAGAGCAUCAGCAUCAUCGACAGCCCUGGGAUCCUGUCUGGGGAGAAGCAGCGCAUCAGCCGAGGGUACGACUUCUGCCAGGUCCUGCAGUGGUUCGCUGAACGGGUUGACAGGAUCAUCUUGCUCUUCGAUGCUCACAAACUGGACAUCUCGGACGAGUUCUCGGAGGCCAUCAAGGCCUUCCGGGGCCAGGACGACAAGAUCCGCGUGGUGCUGAACAAGGCCGACCAGGUGGACACGCAGCAGCUGAUGCGGGUCUACGGGGCCCUCAUGUGGUCCCUGGGCAAGGUCAUCAACACGCCCGAGGUGCUGCGCGUCUACAUCGGCUCCUUCUGGGCGCAGCCCCUGCAGAACACUGACAAUCGUCGGCUCUUCGAGGCCGAGGCCCAGGACCUCUUCAGGGACAUCCAGAGCCUUCCUCAGAAGGCGGCAGUGCGCAAACUCAAUGACCUCAUCAAGCGAGCGAGGCUGGCCAAGGUACAUGCCUACAUCAUCAGCUACCUGAAGAAGGAGAUGCCCAGCGUAUUUGGAAAGGAAAACAAGAAGAGAGAGCUCAUCAGCAGGUUGCCAGAAAUCUACAUCCAGCUGCAGCGGGAGUACCAGAUUUCCGCCGGGGACUUCCCCGAGGUCAAGGCCAUGCAGGAACAGCUUGAGAACUACGACUUCACCAAAUUCCACUCGCUGAAGCCCAAGCUGAUCGAGGCCGUGGACAACAUGCUGAGCAACAAGAUCUCGUCCCUGAUGAGCCUCAUCAGCCAGGAGGAGAUGAGCAUGCCCACGCAGCUCGUGCAGGGCGGUGCCUUCGACGGCACCGCCGAGGGCCCCUUCAACCAAGGCUACGGGGAGGGCGCCAAGGAGGGCGCCGACGAGGAGGAGUGGGUGGUGGCCAAAGACAAGCCCAUCUACGACGAGCUCUUCUACACCCUGUCGCCCAUCAAUGGCAAGAUAUCGGGCGUCAACGCCAAGAAGGAGAUGGUGACCUCCAAGCUGCCCAACAGCGUCCUGGGCAAGAUCUGGAAGCUGGCCGACUGUGACUGUGAUGGCAUGCUGGACGAGGAGGAGUUCGCACUGGCCAAGCACCUCAUCAAGAUCAAGCUCGACGGCUACGAGCUGCCCAACAGCCUGCCCCCCCACCUCGUGCCUCCCUCUCACAGGAAGUCCCUGCCCUGAGGGGCAGGCCGCACACGGGGUGGGGGGUGGGAAGUGGGGGACCUGGGCCUGAGGCCCACACUGCCAUUGACUCACUGAGUGACCCUGGGCAAGGCACUGCCCUCUCUGUGCCUCCGUUUCCCCAUCUGUAGAAUGGGGAGGGCAGACACUGGACACUAGAUGAGGUCCUUUCACCUCUAAAAUUUCCUGAGUUUCUAUUAUAAUAUUGGAGAGAGGGGCUGGAUAAGGAGAUUGAAGGGUUGAGAAGAAAGAGAAAUUAACCAAAGAGUACUGAGAUGUCCGGGGAGGUGCAGAUGGGGAGGUGGGCUUUGUGGAAUCCCAGAGCCACGGGGAGCGAGCUGGGGGCUCUGCUGGGGCAGCCGAGGCUGCUGGGCUUCCCUGGACCACUCAUCAUCGUGAACCUCUCUGUCCCUCAGAGGGCACUGGGAGGGAGCAAAGAUGAUCUUAUUUGUUUCCUGCUAUAGUCAGAGUGGAAAAAAACAGAGCAGAGAGGGUUUCUGUUCUGUCCAAACUCUGCCAAAGAGAAGGAGACUGCUGCCCCAGGUUUGAAAGGAGGAGGCGCGAUGUCUGGGUGCCCCCCGUCCCUUCUGCAGCCUCGAGCAGAACACGCCGCCCAGCCAGCAACAGCCACUGUCCCAGCACCCCCUGACCAGCCCUCCCAGGGCCCCCUGACCCGGGCCCGCCCAGCAAAGUUGUAUGCGGGUAGGAAUUUGGAACUCACAGCCUUUAUUAACCCCUGGCAAGAUUUCUAGUAUUCAAGUCAUGUUGAAGUCUGAAGAUUAGCUUUUCUUACUGGCCUGUCCAAUAUUAUGUAGCAACGUCUAUGUAUCAUACUUAAUGACAGUAAGGAGAAGACGUGGCUCUCCUCAGGCCUCAGUUAGUGCACUUCCCUGUCCCUAGGUCUCCUUGGUUGACGGCAGGAUUUAAAUUAAGCAAAAACACGUCUUGGUGCGUGCUGUGUCCUGGGCCUGUGGACACAAAGGGGAAAGAGAGGCCAGCCUGCCCCGGGCUGUCAGGUAGAAAACAUCAGUCUACAAGCAUUAGACACUAUUUUUAUAAAAAAUAGGCAUUUUUAUUAUGUCCAGUUUUUUUCUUACAUAAAAGCCUUUAUACAGAAACGGGAUAGACUAUUUCAUAUAAAACCUUUUCUUCAAAAGGCUGUGCGGUUGGUAUCAUGAAUGCCCAUCACAAGGCAGGAUUUGGGGACGUACCUGGACACUGGCUCCUGAGGGAGGGUCUUCCCCCAUGUAAACCUCUCUGGACUGCUCGCUCAAGUGCCUGGGUCUAGUGGAGGGGCUGAUGGUCACUGCCACCCUCCCUGAUGUGUGGGCUCCAGCUUGGGGAUGCACAUGCCUUUCACCAGUAUUUAUGCAAUAAAAGACAAAAGGAUGACAGCUGAUGGCAUGGGGCCCUGCGGCAUCAGAAAUGAAUGAAACCAGAACAGGUCCACCUGGGCCUUCCAAAACUACAUAUUUUUUUUUUCUGAUGUCCCCUGUGACAUCAGGGUCAGAAGUGCAGACUUAGGGAAGAUUUUUCUUUUAGAGAAGCAGUUAUCCAGAUGCCAGCCCUCACCCUCCCAAGCUCACUUUCUAAGUCAUUUUAAGAGAAGUAAAUGCAUAAUAUGGUUUUUAAUCUUAAUAAGCACUUUUAAAUUAAUUAGACACAUAGAAAAAAGACGUUUGUAAUUCCAGUACUGUAAUAUGAGCAGAUAGUUCUGUGAACGCCUGAUGACUGCACAGUGAAGUCCACCACAGGGCAAACAGAGAAGAGAGUUCAUUUGUCCAAAGGUUUAGAGAUGCCAAGGUAGCUGGUUUUCCAUUCAGAAUUAUCUUGUUCCCUUAACUCAAUAGUCAUUUAUAAACAUCAAUUGUCAUAUAUAAAGAUAAAUAUAUACACAUAAGUAUA